AGAAACCACAUGAUGUUGAACUACAUUUGAGGUCUGAACAUGAGUUGCAUGAUGCUGAACCACAGCAGCAGGCUCAGCAGGAGCUGCAUGCUGCUGAACAAGAGGCGCAGGCUGCUGAACAUGAUGUCGAAGCAGAGGCGCAAGCUGCUGAACAUGAGUUGCAUGAUGCCGAACCAGAGGUGCAGGCUGCUGAAACUGAUGUGGAAUUUGGUAAAGGUCCUAAGCUGGAUGAUGAAUAUGAGGAGGGUAUUUUGGGAGAGGAAUUCACUGACUCGGAGUACGAGCAGGAAGAAAAUAUUACUGUGGAGGAUAAUGAUGAAAACACAUAUUUCAGGUUGAGUGAAAGUUUUGACAUUGGUGCAAGUGGUGAGCAGGAAGGUGUAAGGGAUGUGCAGGAAGGGGAGGCAGCUACUGGGGAAGAAUCUGGAACAGAAUACGAAGACUCCGGUGAGCUUAGAAGCUUACCCAGUGAUACCGAGGCUGAGGGAUCAUCUGCCAGAAGGAAGAAUGUGUGCUGGUUUAACCCUGCAACUGAUAUGGAAGAUCCACAGUUCAAGCUAG